UUAUGUUGUCAGUACAUGUGAGGUAUUUACUUCUAUUUGUAAGCAUGUGACGAUGGAUUUCUAUAAUAAUAUAAAUAUUUGUUUAUAUUGUAAAACUAUUCAUAGAUAAUUAGCUUAAAAAAUAAGUAGUUUUCAAAUGUUUUUUAAAUAGAUAAUAAUGCUGAUGAAAAUCAAUAGAAUUGUAUCUUUUAUGAAUAAACAAAAUUAUUCUUGGUUAGCUAUUGGAUUAAAUUCAACGAUAGCAUGGAAGCAACCGAUGACUGGAAAAAGUCAAAAAUUUAAAACUUAUAAGCAAUUAUUAAUUAAUAACAUGAGCUUGGAUAGUGAUCAAGCUACAUCUCUUCUAAAUAAAAAUACUAACAUCUUUGAAAUACCAAUAGAAAAAAUUAUAAAAAAUUGUUUAGUAUGUAGGAUAGUAUCAUAAUGUUGAUUUUCAAAAUGCUGAACGAACUGACUGCAGAUUUUUAGAACUGAGUGAAGAUGAAUUAGAAAAUAAAAUAAUUAUAUUGGAGGAAAUGGGUGCCAAAUUCAUUGACACUCUAAUGUUGACUGGUCUACUACAGAAUGUAAAUAUGAUGGCAUUCAAAUCGUAUAGUAAAAUUCCAAGAAAUGAAGAUGUUGCCAGAAAUUUAUACAGUCAUUUGCAUCAACCUCCACCAGAAGUCACUCCUUUAAAAAAGUUGAGUGAAAAUAUGGAAGUGAUUGAGUUUCGAAGUCAAUGUUUACAUCAUUAUCUUCAAUGGAGAUUAGCAAUACCGGCCUCAAAUGUUGAGUUACUAAAGAAAAUUAGGAAAAAAUUAAUAAAAAGAAAUUUUACAAGUUUGAAACAAUGUUUCGAUAUUCUGCACUAUAACAUUGGGUUAUCUAUUGAUACGAUAAGAAAUCACAAUUAUAUGGAAAAUUGCUCACCAAUUGAUAUGAAAAAAAUUUUAGAAAAUAUCGACUCAGUUUGUGGAAUUCCUAUAAUAAAGUUAUAUCGUUCUGCGCCUACACUUUUUCAAAUCAAAUACGAUGAUCUUCUUGCUGCUAAAAAAAUUUUAGAGCACUAUCAAUUUUCACAGAUCCAACUGGAGAAUUGUUACGAAGUAUUAUUAUUAGAAAAAAAAUCUCUCGAAUCUGGAUUAAAGAUCAUAAUAGAGACACCAGAGUUAAGGAUUCUGAUGAAUCAUCCAAAGAUAUUACAGAUUCUUUUAAUGAAAAACAAAAUAAGGCAACGAAUGGCAUAUUUAAAUUAUUUGAAAGUAAAAGACAUUACUGUAAGUGCUCUAAUAAAAUCAAAUCAUACGUUUGAAAGAGUUUUUAAAACUGAAAUAACAAAGAAAAGAAGUAAGGAAUUAAUUUGGUCACUGUUCAACUAUUCACGAGUAGAUGUUCCUACGAUCAUAAACAAUUUUAGUAAACAUCCUCAUUGGAAAUAUAUUGACUUAUUGACAGUUCACGAUUCAUUGAAAUAUCUUGAAAGCUUAUUCGGUGAUGUUGAUAUUAUAAAUAAUUUGACCUUAAUUUUUUAUCCUCGAGAAAUAAUUCGCCGAUCAUUGAUGAAAGUAACUGAAGUAAAUAAUAAACUUGAUCCAUCAGAUCGCUAUUCGGCAUCUCAAAUGUUGGCUCUGUGUGAAUAUGAAAUCGAAAGGAAUUAUCAUUUCAGUGGAGAUGGAGUGUGGCAAAAAAAUGAUAAAAAAUUACGAAAAGCUCAGGAAUUAACGCGUUUUGAAAUUAAUGAAUGGAAAAAGUUUAAAUGUAACGAUACAAUAAAUAAUGUAAAUAGUUUUCAAUUUAUUGAUACAAAGAAAAUAAAAUCUUAA